GGCGGCCCGGGUGGAUGCGGGGCGCGCCCCGGGCCCAUGGCGAGGAGCUGAGGCCAGCGACCCAGCCCAGGCGUUCCCGGGGGGCUGCGCGGAGGCGGCGGCGGGCCCACGAUCGCCAGUCAUGCUGCUGGCCUCGGCCGUGGUGGUCUGGGAAUGGCUGAACGAGCACGGCCGCUGGAGACCCUACAGCCCGGCCGUGAGCCACCACAUCGAGGCGGUGAUCCGGGCCGGGGGGCCCCGCGCCGGCGGCGGCAGCGUGGUGCUGGGCCAGGUGGACAGCCGCCUGUCGCCCUACAUCAUCGACCUGCAGUCCAUGCACCAAUUCCGGCAGGACACGGGGACCCUCCGUCCUGUCCGUCGAAGCUACUAUGACCCAGCCUCAGCCCCUGGGAAAGGUGUGGUCUGGGAGUGGGAGAAUGACAAUGGUUCUUGGACCCCUUACGACAUGGAGGUAGGCAUCACCAUCCAGCAUGCCUAUGAGAAGCAGCAUCCCUGGAUUGACCUCACCUCCAUUGGCUUCUGCUACGUCAUCGACUUUGGCACGAUGAGUCAGAUCAACAGGCAGACCCAGCGUAAGCGUCACGUCCGACACCGCCUUGACCUCAUCUACCCCAUGGUCACAGGCACGUUACCCAAGUCUCAGUCCUGGCCGGUCAGCCAGGGCGUGGCCAGCUCCCCCCCAGGCCCGCCGUGUUCCUGCCCACAGUGCCUCUUGGUGAUGAGCGUCAAGGCAGCAGCCGGGGCCAAUGGUGGCAUGGGGUUGCUACCGCCCCUGCCUGCCCGGAAAAACAUGCCUGCCACUAGUGGGACCAAGUUGGCCCCACCUCUGGGUGCUGGGAUCAAGCCUGUUGAUGGGAUGGGCACCAUUCGAGGCCCAGGGAAGACAAUGACCUCACAAGUGAACCGGAGGCAGGCAGCUAGCACACCGGCCCUGCCCUCCUCAGCCUCCCCAGCCAGCCCCCCAGGGGCCACCGGCAAGAAUGGGCGGGUAGCUCUGGCAACCCUGAACCGCACCAAUCUGCAGCGUCUGGCCAUCGCCCAGUCCAGAGUGCUAAUUGCUUCUGGUGUCCCCACUGUCCCAGUGAAGAACCUCAAUGGGUCCAGUCCUGUGAAUCCUGCCUUAGCAGGAAUCACAGGAAUCCUCAUGAGCGCUGCAGGAUUGCCUGUGUGCCUCACCCGGCCACCUAAGCUGGUCCUGCACCCUCCUCCUGUCAGCAAGAGUGAAAUCAAGUCUAUCCCGGGGGUCUCCAACACAAGCCGCAAGACCACAAAAAAACAAGCCAAGAAAGGGAAGACUCCAGAAGAAGUUCUGAAAAAGUACCUGCAGAAAGUGCGCCACCCCCCAGAUGAGGAUUGCACCAUUUGCAUGGAACGCCUUGCAGCACCAUCGGGUUAUAAGGGCCCCCAGCCAACAGUCAAGCCAGACCUGGUGGGGAAGCUGUCCAAGUGUGGUCACAUCUAUCACCUGCAUUGCCUGGUUGCCAUGUACAAUAAUGGGAACAAGGAUGGAAGUUUGCAGUGUCCAACCUGCAAAACCAUUUAUGGUGUCAAGACAGGGACCCAGCCCCCUGGGAAGAUGGAGUACCACCUCAUCCCCCACUCCCUGCCUGGGCACCCAGACUGUAAAACCAUCCGGAUAAUCUACAAUAUCCCCCCAGGGAUUCAGGGACCAGAACACCCGAAUCCUGGGAAGAGCUUCACCGCCCGAGGCUUCCCUCGACAUUGUUACCUCCCAGAUAGUGAGAAAGGGAGGAAGGUGCUGAAGUUGUUGCUGGUAGCCUGGGAUCGGCGACUGAUCUUUGCCGUGGGCACCUCCAGCACCACAGGCGAGUCUGACACUGUCAUCUGGAACGAAGUCCACCACAAGACGGAGUUUGGCUCCAACCUCACGGGCCAUGGCUACCCAGAUGCCAAUUACCUGGACAACGUGCUAGCCGAGCUGGCCGCCCAGGGCAUCGCGGAGGACAGCGCUGUCCUCGAGAAGGACUGAUAGUGAAGGAAGCAUGGCAGGGGGAGGGCCGGCCGAACACCCCGGGGCGGGAAGUCGAGGGAGUGUCCCUCUCCCCUUGCUUCACCUUCCACCCUUGCAGGUGACAGCCCUGUUUAUAGGCUAUGUCAUUCAUAAACCUCAUCAGAUACAAGAGGGAACAUGGGACAGAGAAUCCCACUCAUCAUGUCCUCCGUGAGACUAUAGUCCUGGGGAGGGCAAGGAAUCCCCCUAGUGGGGAACUUGGCCAGCACACUGGCUAAAAGAGGUGUGGCGAUCACUCCACACCCUGGGCCUUGUGAAGCUCGAUGCUCCAUCCUCUUGGAGUCUGUCCUUGGUGUUUACACUCUGCUUCAAGAGCAGAGUUUCGGCUCCCUCUUCUUUUAAGGGAAGGGAGCAAGGGCCCUCACUGUGCAGGGUGGGUGGGAGGGAGGGGCUGAACCGGUUAAAUCGCUGUGACAUUGAAUGCCUUGGCCAAUGUGGGGUCAGAAUGAUUGCUCUUGAUGAGGAGGGAGGCUUUUGCAAAAGCCUCUGGGAGCAUCACCAUAACCUGCUCCCUCCAACUUCUCAAAUGAGGCCAUGGGUUCUCUAUGGCUGAUGGCCUCUGGGGUUUCUUCUCUGGGCUGGUCACUUCAGCCUCUGCUUCAUCAACUGGAAUUGAGCCUGAGUCUGCUCUGUCCAGAGUCGUUCAGGUUUCCACCCAAGACCCUCCAUUCUCUUGCCCUCUUCCAGGUCCGUCCUAGCCAGCAUCUGAGCUGUGCUCAGGGAAAGAAGGCCUUUCCAACCUUUUUCCCUCCUGACUCAUGUCAGCCCAGCCAAAUAGAGACCUGGUUCCCUUAAGUUCAUAUGUUCACUGUGAGUUGAGUCCAUGCCAGACUCUGUCCCAUCUGUGUACGUGCCAUAGAGCACAUUCCUUAUCUCCAUGCAUCACCCAUCUGCUCCCCUCCCCCCACCCCUUUUUUGAGCUGGUAUCAUCCCCAGUCCCAGUUUUUCCAUGUGUACCUAGCCCAUUUGAACUGGGAUCCGAACAGAAUCGACUCACUUGCCCAUCAUUUUCUCUCAGCUCUUAAGCAGCCCACAGUGAAACUGGGAUGUGGUUUGUUCCAGCCUGUGAAAGGACCAAGUGGAAAGAGGGAGGCUAAGGAAGAAGAAUGAGAGUGCAUAGAUCAUCAUCUCUUAAACAAUCACCAGACAAGAUCAGAACCAUGGACAGCUCUUCACUGUCCCACUCUAGGCCUCCUGUCUGUCCCCUCCUACCCAGAAGAGAUUUAGAGGUAGAAGAGACCACGGAGGCCAUCUGUUCUGUUCCCUUCUUUUACAGAUGAGGAAACUGAGGCCCAGAGAAGUGAAAGGAUUUGCUUAACGUCCCACAGAUAGUAAUUAGAACUGAGAAUGAACCCAAGUCUUCUGACUUCAAAUGUUGUGUUCUUUCUACACACCAGGCUGCCUCUAUUAAAAAUUUUGCCUGGCAGUAGAGAAGUGGAGACCCCCAUGUUCUGGAUCUAUUUCAGCCUAGGUUAGAACCUAGCUGGGUUCUUAACUGAUUCCCAAGUGGUAUAGACCCCCACCCCACUCACAUCUGGUCUAGCCUGUGUCUGAGCGGUGUCAUUGGGGGAGGGGGUUUCCUUUGGCUCAAACUUCUCUUUUGCUAUCUGCUCCCAAUGGGGGAGGAAUUAGGGUUCAGAGAGGAGAGAAGGGGAAACUAUAGUUCCCUUUCGAAGAAGAUGGGUUCUUUGAACUGUGUGUAUGGGGGAGAUUUCCCCCGGAUAUGGAUUUGAAUUUGUAUGCCUCGUGUUUGGGGGGCCUGACGUAUAUAUGUACAUAUAUUUCAUAAUGUUUGGAAGGUUUUUGAUGGUACUUCAAUAAGGACUGGAGGCCAGCCCUAUGGGCUGCUUGUGGAAAACCCGUUUUGAAAUUAUGAUGGCCAAGGGCUCCAUAACCUAAUUUCCACCCAACUGAAAAAGAAAAAGCUGGUGCAGUGUUCUAGAACCCGUUUCAAGUUGCUGCCAACAGUGGAAGGUAGUUGGAAAACAACCAGUGACUUCCUCUGGAGGGAACCACGAUGGAAAUCUCUGGUCCCUUCAUGGAAUGAGCCGCCAUUUUGUUUUUCAUUGGUUUUGUUCUUCCCAUGAAAGGCUCGUCAUUCGCUCUUACUAGUGAAUGGGCGAUCAGACAGCCACACUCACUGCAGACUUUGAAAUUUCUCCCACCUUCCUUCCCACCUUUUCUCUCCUCAAGAUUAGAGCCAUGAAAACAGUGGCCCUUCAUCUGGGUCAUCGAACACUAGUCCCCAGUCCCUCCACAGUAUUAUGAAAGGGAGAGCUAGCAGUGCCUUUCCUGUGGAGAUUCGGACCCUGUGUUUUAGUGGAACUUGCUUAUGCCGACCAUAUUUUUUCCAGACUCCAGAUUGAAACACAUGAUGUGGCAGAAGGUACUCCUCAGAAGUUGGCUUUCAUUUUUCCUGACACAGGACUGUGGUGCUGUCACACACCUGGUGCCAGGCACUCUUGCUUGUCACCCUUGUUAAUUCUCUGGGCUUGUCAAUAGUGGAGAGGUUGGGGAACCAGCAAAGUUGGAAUGAAAGGAGCAGAAAUUAAAGGAGGGAAGGAAGGGUUGUUGACCCGUGGGAAAUGAGUAUGAAAGAAGAAUAAAGUGAGCAGUUGGACUGAGGCCCAGGCCAGGGACAAGGAAGAUUAGGAUGGGCAGCAUAAGCCACAAGAGAAUGAGAGCCCAGGGAAUUCAUCAAGGUUGGUCAGCUUACUCUGGUUAAUAUCCCUUGGGUUGUCUUGGGCAGUUAGGGUUCAAGCCAGCCUCCUUUUCCAUAAGAUAUCCAAGCUGUGUCUAUGUUCCAUUUUCUCUGCCUUUUUAAGGAUAUGAAUGGGGGGUAUGUCAUCUACCCGAGCCCACCUCCUUCAGCUUAUAGCAUUCAGAGUAUUCAUUGGGCCCUAAAGGUUCACAGGAGCAUAGAUUCUGAACCGGGAGGGACUUUGGAGAUCACUGAGUCCAACCGUCCCAUUUUAUAGAUGAGGAGACGAAUGUCCAGAAUGCUGAGAUUAUUUCCCCAAGGUCACAUAGAUAGUAAGUGGCAGACUCCUGUCCCUAGCACCCACACUGCUAAAUUUUCCCUUCUUCACUGUGCCAGCUGGGAGGGGGGGUAUUUCUCAGCUCCUUUGCCUUUGCCAAACAAGAAAGGUACGGGCUCCUAAAAGUGCACCCUGUGGCCUGUAGUCCAAAUGUUUUGUCAGUGGGCUUACCCCCCACUGGCACAGGGAAGUCUUUAAAGGUCCCAUCCUUUAACCUGGUCAUGUUGCUCAGGAGCUUCCUGACUGUACCCUCUGCAAAAGCUAACGAGAAAGAUACAAGAACUCUGGUCCCAUGAGGCCUUUGGCAAAUGCCUUGCCUGCCCAAUGGGCUUGGUCCCAGGCAGAGCUAUCCUUCCCUGGAGGCCCUGCUGCAUAUCCAUUGCCUGCCCAGGAGAGAGCUCUCAUCCUGCCCCUCACCAUCCCAGCACCAGCAAUGACCUGGGCCCUGCCUUCAAUCCGAGACCUCCUCUAGGCAUGGUGAAUGGGGUUGGAGGAACAGAAACAGUCCCUGCAAACCCCAUCCCAUGAAUAUGUAGGAGGAGUGUGUGUGUGAGUGGGUGAGUGUGCGUGUGUGGACAUGUCUUUUCCUUUUCUUCUUUGCAUAAUUUGGAGUUGUCUGUGUUUUUAUACUUGGUCAGGAACCUGUGGCAUCCUGAGGUCCCACUGAUGUGAGGAGCAUGAGGGUAGGAGGGGAAGUGAGGUGGACAGGCUACUGGGACAGAGAAAGGUCCCCGCCUCCCACCUUUCUGUUGUCUUUGGAAUUGAUUUGGGGCUUUGGGGGGAGGUGGGAGGGAGUGGGCGAAUGUCCUGGUGUAUUAUUGAUUUGUUUGUUAAAAAAAAAGUGGUUGGGUUUUGUUUUGUUUUGUUUUGGGGGUUUUUUGGGGGGCUGUCUAUGCUGUAUUGCUCUGCUAAAGGACAGCGACACCUAGUGCCCAUGGGGGUUGUGUGCAGAACAAUAAAAGAAUUCUCAAUGUUA